UUUACAACAGGAAUAAUGUUUAUUUACAUCUAAUGGCUCGUGAUUGGUUGGCGGGUUGUGACGUCACCUACGUGACUGUCAGCGUCGCAGACAUGGCGGAAGUGAAAGUGUUUCCAUUGUGCUGUGUGGUGCAGAACUAUGCCUGGGGUAAAGUGGGUCUGGACAGUGAGGUGGCCCGGCUCGUGCUCGGUGGAGACCCUCAGGCUCUCAUAGAGGAGGCCAGACCCUACGCAGAGCUUUGGAUGGGUGCGCACCCCAAAGGAGACGCUCUCAUCAAAGACAACAGGAUAUCCCAGAGGACACUGGGACAGUGGAUUGCAGAUUUCCCAGGAUGCCUGGGGUCAAAGGUCAAAGACACGUUCCAUGGGCAGCUCCCGUUCCUUUUCAAAGUGCUGUCAGUCAAAACGGCUCUGUCCAUCCAGGCGCAUCCCAACCGGGAAUUGGCUGCUAGGCUCCAUGCACAGUUUCCUGAACAUUACCCAGACAACAACCACAAACCAGAGAUGGCCAUCGCUCUCACGCAGUUUGAAGGUCUCUGCGGCUUUCGGCCGAUGGAUGAAAUCUUGGGCUUCCUCAAAAAUGUCCCAGAGUUCCGUGCGCUGGUCGGUAACGAAGCCGCUGAGGAGCUCCAGAGCGCCGAUGGAGACCCGGGCCGGACGUCUCUCGCUCUGAAGAAGUGUUUCACCAGGAUGAUGAACUGUGAGAAGAAGCUGUUCGUUGAUCAGCUCAACAUGCUGGUCAAACGCAUCUCAGAGGAAGAGGCUGCAGGUAAAGACACCUCCGGAAGUAAUGGAGAGCUGCUGCUGCGGCUGCAUUCUCAGUAUCCGGGGGACAUCGGAUGCUUUUCCAUUUACUUCCUGAACCGUAUGGUGCUGCAGCCGGGGGAGGCCAUGUUCCUGGGAGCAAAUGAGCCUCAUGCUUAUCUGUCUGGAGACUGUGUGGAGUGUAUGGCGUGCUCUGAUAACACCGUACGUGCCGGACUGACUCCCAAAUACAUUGACGUGGACACGCUGUGUGAGAUGCUGAAUUACAGCCCGGCUCCAGUCAGUGCCAAACUCUUCCCCUGCGUGCGGGACAACGCCGACCCCUGCGUCUACCUCUACGACCCUCCAGUGCCAGACUUCACCGUCAUGAGAGUACAGAUCCCCGCCUCGGCGCAGCAGUACACUGUGAGCGCGCUGGACUCCGCCGGCAUCCUGCUGGUCAUCGACGGAGAGGCGGUCGCCACGUCUGCCGCGGCCCUCUCUGACAUCACUCUGACACCAGGCUCUGUGCUUUUCAUUUCAGCCAAUGAGAGCGUCUCUUUACAGUGGCCUCUUCAGAUUCGUACAUGUAAAACCAGAAGAUUGACCUCAAACGUGUUGAUUUCCGGGAUUCUUUCUAUACUUUCGGAGCUGUGUUAUCCUAAGUGUUCUGGGAUCAAAGCAUGCGAUGGACGAAUGAAUGGUGCUUUCUGAGCUGUAAUGGAGCAUGCGUCUGAUAAGAAGAACUCUGUAUGUAAUCCCUAAUAAAUAACGCUUCUGUAACCUUU